AUGGGUAAAUUCAGCCUUCGCAAAGGCGACGACGACGAUGAUUCCAGCAGACUCGCUCUGUUCGGCUCCAGAUCCAAGAGCAAAUCUCCUGCUCCUUCCCAGAACCCUUAUGCCUCCACAAACCCCUAUGCACAGCCAGCCAUUCCUCCGGAUCCCUACACAAAGGCUAAGAUGAGCGCUGGAGUUAUACCUCCCUCAGGUCAAGGAGCCCCCUCAGGCUCUGGUAAGCCCAGUGGCUUGCCCGGUCCUGGUCAACAGCGGCCACCAUAUGGAAGGGAUAACGCAUACGGCAAUCAGUCAUCAGGUAGUUUUGGAGGAGACAAUAAAUACGGUCCUGCCCAAGGCGGGUACGGGGGAGGUAGUGGUUAUGGGGCAGACAAAUUCGGGAACCAGAACGGUUAUGGAGGCGGUGCCCCUGGUGGCAACCCAUACGCAAGCAUUCAACAGCCUAGUGGAACCUCACGGCAGGGAGGAUAUGGAGGGUUGGGUUCCUCCUCUCUCUACGACAACGACAACAACCGCGAUGAGUUGUUCGGCGGAGCACGAGAAAGGCUGGAACAGAAGCAGCAAAAUCCAAAUAGUGGCCCUCCUGAGUAUGAAUACAACUCUGGUGGUGCUGAUGCUGGUGACCGCAGCUUCGGAGCAUAUGGUGACCGUCAACUGACCGCAGAGGAAGAGGAGGAAGAGGAUAUCAAUGCUCUCAAACAAGACAUCAAGUUCAUGAAACAACAAGAUGUUGCAUCUACCAGAAACGCCCUUCGGAUUGCUGCUCAAGCUGAGGAGAUGGGGCGGAAUACUCUGGCUAGACUCGGUGCACAAGGUGAGAGAAUGCACAACACAGAUCGGAAUCUUGAUCUCGGCAACAACUAUAUCAACAUCGCCGAGGACAAGACCAAAGAGCUCAAGACAUUGAACCGGAGCAUGUUUGCAGUCCAUGUCAAUAAUCCCUUUACAGCCAAGGACAGACGUGCGCGCCGGGAUGAACAGAUCAUGGACCGGCAUCAUGCUGAAAGAGAGGCACGUGAGGCUACCCGAGAGGCUGCUUUCAGGAGCACCCAACGUAUGAAUCAAAAUUUCAAGGGUUUGGACGAUGCUUCAACGGUUGGUACGACGAAAACAAAUCUAGCUGAAAGGGCCAAGUACCAGUUCGAGGCCGACAGCGAGGAUGAGGGCAUGGAGAAUGAGAUCGACCGGAAUCUGGAUGAGCUCUCUGGGGCGGCCAAACGUCUUAAUCUCCUCGCUCGAGCCACGGGAGAAGAAGUUGAGGCCCAGAAUAACCUAAUCACCACCAUUGCAGAGAAGAGUGACCGUUUCGACGAUCGUCUUCAUUUCCAGACCGAAAAGCUCAAGAGGAUACGUUAG